AGAUUUAAACAUUAUCAUGGCUGAUAAUGGAUCAAAUGUGAUUAACAACUACCAACAAUAUAGCUCAUUACCUCAACGACUUUUCCAACCUAGACAUACUCAUGAAUCACCUUCGAAAAAUGAUAUAUCUUCACAAAGUUAUCCCUCAACUCCUUCACAUACAUCUAAUUUAUCAUAUAAUCUCACUAAUUCUGCUCAUCAUGAUUUAUACAGUUCUACUCAACGUUAUUCCAGUCAAAUAAAUAUUUCAAAAUUCCAACAGACACAGGAGCACUUAAACUCUGCAAAUGGUUUGAACAGCCAGCAUACCUUUACUUCGAGGAAUCCUAUUAAUAUUAGUAAUAACAAUAAUUCUCUUACUUUCGAUGCAUCAUCUGCAAACAGUCCACAUUGGCAACAACAAUUAUCUUAUGCAAAAAUAUCUAGACAAUCAAGCUCACCUCAUCAUCAUGCUAGAACGGCAGCAACAACUACUCAUAACGUAUCUUCAAAUUCCGGAAUUACAGAUACAAAUAAUCUUAACAAAGCAUCUGCAGAUGGGAUACAUAGGAAAGAUGGCCCUCCAGUGGAAAAACAAGAUGUUCAAAGAGACAAUGGGGGGAAAAUAAAAAGACAGGAUUGGACUAAUUUGGAUAUGGGUGGAAUGGGGCUACGUAACAUUAGUCAGGAAUUAUUUCGUUAUACGUUUCUAACUUCUCUUUACAUUAAUCACAAUAAACUACUCAGAAUUCCCUCUGACAUUGGGCGUCUUAGACUUCUUACUCAGCUAGAUGUUUCUGGAAAUAAUUUGACUAACUUACCGCCAGAAAUUGGCAUGCUUACAAACCUCAAAGAGCUUUUAUUUUUUGACAACCAAAUAACUAAUAUACCACCGGAAUUUGGUACUCUUUAUCAACUUGAGACUCUUGGACUAGAAGGGAAUCCAUUACCUGAUGCUUUUAAAAGUUUAUUGGCAAAAGAUGGUACCAAGUCUUUAAUUUAUUAUUUAAGGGAUAGUUGUCCAGUUCCUCUUCCUCCUCCAGAAAGAGAAUGGAUCACAUUUCCAGGAAAAAAAUCGGAAAACUCGUCUCUCGAAAAUGAAACUUUUACUGUAUUUAACUACAAUAUAUUAUGUGAUAGAUGUGCAACUGUUAUAAUGUAUGGAUACACGCCAUCUUGGGCAUUAUCAUGGGAUUAUCGCAAAGAACUUAUAUUACAUGAAGUAUUAUCAUACAACGCAGAUAUAGUUUGUCUUCAAGAAGUAGAUGUUGAUAAUUUUGAAGAAUAUUUUUCUCCUAAGCUCUCUAUUAAAGGUUAUAAAGGAAUAUUUUGGCCUAAAUCACGUGCAAAAACUAUGAAUGAAGCAGAACGUAGAAUAGUUGAUGGUUGUGCUACCUUUUUCAAAACAAACAUAUUCGAUUUAUUAGAAAAGCAAUUAAUCGAAUUUAACCAAGCACCUUUACGUCGAGAUGGACAUAAACUUACUCAUGAUAUGUAUAAUCGUGUUAUGACCAAAGAUAAUAUUUGUGUUGUAUCAUUACUUGAGCACCGAAAUGCAGGUUAUCGUCUAAUAAUUGCAAAUACACAUUUUUAUUGGGAUCCAAAAUUUCGAGAUGUUAAAGUUAUACAAGCAACAAUGCUUAUGGAUGAGCUUACGGAAAUGGCUGAAAACUAUGCAAAAAUACCAGUUCGCAAAAGACCAUCCAAAAUAUUAGAUGAUACUUUCGAUUUUAACUGGAAUGAAAAUCGUCCUACAUAUUCAUCAGGAACUAAAAUACCAUUAAUUAUUUGUGGAGAUUUUAAUUCAAUUCCUGGUAGUGGAGUAUAUGAUUUUCUUUCUCGAGGUCAUAUUCUUGAAAAUCAUAGUGAUUUUAUGGAUAGUAAGUAUGGUACAUAUACUACAGAUGGAAGAUCACAUUCUUUUCAAUUAAAAAGCUCCUACAAUAUUAUAGGCGAACUCCCAUUUACGAACUACACUCCUGGAUUUUCCGGCGUAAUAGACUACAUUUGGCAUACAACAAAUUCUCUUGAAGUUACAGGACUUCUUCAAGAAGUCGAUAAACAAUAUUUAGAUGGAGUAGUUGGAUUUCCAAACGCACAUUUUCCAAGCGAUCAUAUUUCUAUUCUUGCAGAGUUUAAAGUAAAAAAAGAAAAAAACCAACUACCUCCACCAGAUUUUGGUUCUCGAAAAUAA